AUGGUUGUUUGCCGUGUUUGUGAAACAAAUAUUCCUUUUGUUGGCAAAACAAAUCAACAAGUUGUUCGGUGCUCUCAAUGUCAUGAGGUAACUCCAAUCAGAGCAGCCCCACCAGGCAAAAAAUAUGUUCGUUGUCCUUGUAAUUGUCUUCUAGUUUGUAAAGCCAGUUCUACAAGAAUUGCCUGUCCACGUCAAAAUUGUCGUCGAGUAAUUACUUUGGCUGCAUCUUCUCCCGUUGGGACUGCUGUUCGUGCCCCCGCGGGUACUUGCCGAGUUCAAUGUGUUCAUUGUGCUGAGGUUUUUAUGUUUAAUACACUUGCUAAUGCUGUUGCCCAUUGUCCGCAUUGUAAAAAUUGUUCUUCUGUCGGUGUUCGUUUUGCUCGUUCUCGUGCUGCUUUGAAUUUUUUUGUUAUGUUUAUUUUUCUUUUAAUUCUUGCUGGCCUUAUAUUGGCAAUUAAUUAUUCAAAACAAAAUAUUGGAUUAUUUAAAUAUAUAAUUUUGGGUUUAGUCUCUUUGGUUACUCUUUUCUUCUUUUAUCGUUUCAUUUAUUAUUAUUGGAGAUUGAAGAUUAGCCAAGUUGGUUUUUUUAAUUUUAAAAAAUUUAAGAACCCCUAA